GUGUUGACACCUCCUUCCUUCCCUCCUCCCCUUUUUCCCCAUGCCGGGCCCCUCCCCUCCUUCCUGGAGCCCCAGAGGAGGGAGCCGCGGGCAGGCAGCGGCCGUGGUGGUUUUGGGGAGCAGUGGAUGAGUGGUCGUGGCGGGUGGCGGGGGGGAAAGCGCGCGCGUGGGUAAGAGUGUGUGUGUGAAAGAGUGAGUGUGCGUGUGUGUGUGUGUGUGUGCCCACCUCGGCGCGGCACUGACCGUAUGCAGUAACCCGUCGCAGCUGAGGCGGCUACCUUCCCCCCGAGGCUCGGUGCUCGGGAGCCCACAGCGGGAUGUUCUCUCGGAGGAGCCACGGGGAUGUCAAGAAAUCGACCCAGAAAGUGCUGGAUCCGAAGAAAGACGUGCUGACCCGCCUGAAGCACCUCAGAGCGCUGCUAGAUAUUGUAGAUACGAGUGAACUGAAAUAUUUUUUUGAGACCAACUAUUCUCAAAUAUAUUUCAUCUUCUAUGAAAAUUUCAUAACACUGGAAAAUAGCUUAAAAUUAAAAGGAAAUAAUAAGUCACAACGGGAGGAGCUGGACUCUAUCCUCUUUCUUUUUGAAAAAAUCUUGCAGUUACUACCUGAAAGGAUUUUCUUUCGAUGGCAUUAUCACAGUAUAGGAUCGACUCUAAAGAAGCUUUUGCACACUGGAAAUUCUAUUAAGAUAAGAUGUGAAGGAAUCCGGCUGUAUCUUCUAUGGCUUCAAGCACUUCAGACAAAUUGUGCAGAGGAGCAGGUGCUAAUUUUUGCCUGCCUCGUACCUGGAUUUCCAGCAAUUAUGUCAUCAAGAGGUCCCUGUACACUUGACACACUUAUAAACCCUACUCCUUUUUCAUCUGAUACAAAGAUACAUCCUGAAGAAAUAACUCCACUCUUGCCAGCUGUAUCAGGUGAAAAAAUUGGUGAGGACCAAACCUGCUUUUUUCUUCAAGUAUUAUUGAGAUAUAUGGUUAUUCAGGCUGCAAGCUUGGAAUGGAAGAAUAAGGAGAACCAAGACACUGGGUUUAAAUUUCUUUUUACUUUGUUUCGAAAGUAUUAUCUUCCCCAUUUGUUUCCGUCAUUUACAAAAUUAACCAACCUCUACAAGCCUGUCCUAGACAUCCCCCAUUCCAGACCAAAACCAGUGUAUGUUACUGCAACUCGAAACAAUGAAAAUACUUAUAGCACAAAAAUUCCAUAUAUGGCAGCUCGUGUUGCUUUUAUUAAGUGGAUUGUAACAUUUUUUCUGGAAAAGAAAUACCUAACUACAACUCAGAACACUAAAAAUGGAGGAGAAGUAUUGCCUAAAAUCAUCCAGAAUGUUGGUGGAAUAGUACAAGAGAAAGCUUCUGAGUUGGAAGUUAGUGGGCCAUCUGAACAGGACAAAAGUCAUUCUAAUAGCAGUACUUUGUCUGAUCGAAGACUCAGUAAUUCCAGCCUUUGUAGCAUUGAAGAAGAGCAUCGCACUGUAUAUGAAAUGGUUCAGCGAAUCCUCUUAUCUACACGAGGUUAUGUCAACUUUAUCAAUGAAGUAUUUCGUCAGGCAUUUUUGUUGCCUUCCUGUGACAUAUCUGUAACAAGAAAAGUGGUCAAAGUAUAUAGAAAGUGGAUACUACAAGACAAACCUUUGUUCAUGGAGGAACCCGAUAAAAAAGACAUUACUCAAGAUGAUGAUGCAAAUUUGGGAUUUUCAGCGACAGAGACAGAUAAUAAACAGGCCGCAACUGAACAUUCUGGUCACAAACGAUCUUCAAGCUGGGGACGAACUUACUCCUUUACUAGUGCUGUUAGUAGAGGCUGUGUAUUAGAAGAUGAUAAUAAGAAUAUUAAAGCUGGUGUGCAAGCUACACUACAGGUAUUUUUGACAAAUUCUGCCAAUGUCUUUUUAUUGGAGCCAUGUGCUGAAGUUCCCAUGCUUUUGAAAGAGCAAGUUGAUGCCUGUAAAGCUGUUUUGAGUAUUUUUAGGCGCAUGAUAAUGGAGCUUGCAAUGAAUAAAAAGACGUGGGAGCAGAUGUUGCAAAUACUACUCAGGAUAACAGAAGCUGUCAUGCAGAAGCCAAAGGAUAACCAAAUAAAGGACUUGUUUGCCCAGAGCUUGGCAGGGUUACUGUUUAGGACACUUAUUGUGGCAUGGAUCAGAGCAAAUCUGUGUGUUUAUAUUUCUCGAGAACUUUGGGAUGAUUUUCUUAGUGUGCUGUCUUCACUUACUGACUGGGAGGAACUCAUAAAUGAAUGGGCCAAUAUCAUGGAUUCCUUAACAGCAGUAUUGGCCAGAACAGUUUAUGGAGUUGAAAUGACAAACCUGCCAUUGGAUAAAUUGAGUGAGCAAAAAGAAAAGAAGCAAAGAGGCAAAGGUUGCAUUUCAGAUUCACAGAAAGCCACUGCAGUGGGGAGAUCAUUUUCUUUGAGUUGGAGAAGCCAUCCUGAUGUUACAGAACCAAUGAGAUUUAGGAGUGCUACCACAUCUGGAGCACCAGGAGUUGAAAAAGCAAGGAAUAUAGUCCGUCAAAAAGCAACUGAAGUGGAAGAAUGUCAACAGUCAGAAAAUGUAAUGGGAGGUGAAUCUGGCUGCCUGUUGGUCGACCAGGAACAACAGAUACCUCGUAGCAGUAGUACUUCUGAUAUAACUGACCAGUUACAUUCUGAUUCUAACCAAGGUAAAAAAAUGGAGAACUCACAGAAUUUAAGUUCAUCAGAUCCCAGACAAAUUCAGGAAAAUAAAGGACAUUUAAAGAAAGAAAAUGAAGGACCAACAGUUUUAGUGCGAAGAAGCAGCAGCCCAACUGAAAUAGAUUUAAAAGAUGAUUUGCAGCAAACAGAAGGAAAAUGUAGAGAAAGACAAAAGAGUGAAAGUGUUAGCAGUGACACAUCUCUUGGCUAUAAUAAUGAGGUAGAGAUAACAAUGAAUCCAUGGCAUCCAUUUGAAGAAGACCAAGAACUGAAUACGCCAAAUGAUGUUGCUGUUGAUUCAGAUGCUAGACAUUGGUUACAGCUGAGCCCCACAGAUGCUGCAAAUUUAACAGAUAGCAGUGAAUGCCUUGCUGAUGACUGCAGUAUAAUUGCUGGUGGAAAUCUUAUAGGUUGGCAUCCAGAUUCUGCUGCUGUGUUAUGGAGAAGAAUCUUGGGAAUCCUUGGAGAUGUUAAUAGCAUCCAGUCACCCAAAAUCCAUGCCAAAGUUUUUGGCUAUCUCUAUGAACUCUGGUAUAAACUAGCAAAGAUACGGGAUAACCUAGCAAUAAGUUUGGAUAAUCAGAGUUCUCCAUCUCCUCCUGUCUUGAUCCCACCACUCCGAAUGUUUGCAUCAUGGCUAUUUAAGGCUGUUACUUUGCCAAAUGAAUAUAAAGAAGGUAAACUACAAGCAUACAAGCUAAUCUGUGCUAUGAUGACCAGACGCCAAGAUGUUUUGCCAAACUCUGAUUUCCUAGUGCAUUUUUAUCUUGUUAUGCACAUUGGCUUAACUAGUGAAGAUCAGGAUAUCUUAAAUACUGUUAUAAGGCAUUGUCCUUCCCGUUUUUUCUUCUUGGCUUUACCUGGCUUUACAAUGCUGAUAGGAGACUUCAUCACUGCUGCAUCCAGAGUUCUCAGUACAGACAUGUUGGCGGCCCCACGUUCAGAAGCUCACACCAUUCUGGGUUCUCUUGUAUGCUUUCCCAACAUUUACCCCAAAAUUCCAUUACUUCAGUCAGUUCCUGAAAUUGAUGGAGUCAUCGCUGGAUCUGAAGACAUCAAACAUUACCUCAUAAAUAUUUUAUUGAAGAAUGCAACAGAUGAGCCAUGUGAAGGUGCAAGAUGUAUUUCUAUUUGCUGCCUCGGACUUUGGAUAUGUGAAGAGCUUAUUCAGUGUACAAACCAUCCAAAAGUAAAGGCUGCAAUCAAUGUCAUAGGUGUAACUUUAAAGUUUCCUAAUAAGAUAGUGGCUCAGGUAGCUUGUGAUAUCCUUCAGUUGCUCGUGUCCUAUUGGGAAAAGCUUCAGAAGUAUGAUAACUCUCUGCCACGGAAAAUUACUGAAAUCCUUGUGGCCACGAUUGCAUUUCUUUUACCAAGUGCUGAGUACUCUUCAGUAGAAACAGAUAAAAAGUUUAUCGUUUCUCUUUUACUCUGCUUAUUGGAUUGGUGCAUGGCAUUGCCAAUGAAAACCCUGAUGCAUCAAGUAUCUACUGUUCUAGAAGAUCAGCAUUCAUCUAGAGCCCCCUUACUAGAUUACAUUUAUAGGGUUUUGCACUGUUGUGUUUCUGGCUCAAGCACAUAUACCCAACAAAGUCACUACACAUUGACACUGGCUGACCUUUCAUCUUCUGAUUAUGAUCCUUUUUUGCCUCUGGCAAAUGUCCGGAAUUCUGAGCCUGUGCAGUACCAUUCCUCAGCAGAACUGGGGAACCUACUUACUGUUGCUGAAGAAAAACGGAGGAGAAGUUUGGAAUUAAUACCUCUGACUGCCCGUAUGGUGAUGACACAUCUAGUAAACCACUUGAGUCACUAUCCACUGAGUGGGGGCCCUGCUAUUCUUCACAGCCUUGUUAGUGAAAAUCAUGACAAUGCAUAUUUUGAGUCACCUGAACUCUCUUCUGAAGUCUUCAGAAGUCCAAACCUACAGUUGUUUGUAUUUAAUGACAAUACCCUUAUGUCUUACCUUCAGAUUCCUGCAGAAAAAACAGAAGGGGGGCCCUCAGGUGCCCCUUCUGAUGUCAGGCUUAUUGUGAGAGAUAUCUCUGGAAAAUAUUCUUGGGAUAGCAAAAUAUUAUAUGGACCUUUGGAAGGCUGCUUUGCACAGAACAAGAGGAAUAAUUCGUUUGUGAUUUCAGAUAGUAGACAGCAGACAUUUGAACCAGAGAAAGAUUUUUCUCAAAUUGAAGAAGUAGAUGAUGUGCUUGACAAAUUACUUGAAAAUAUUGGUAAUGCAAGCCCUGAAUGCCUUUUGCCAUCCCAGCUAAACCUAAAUGCUCCUUCACCACCCCCAUUUGGAAUGAGUCAUUAUCAAGAAAAAGAGAUCAUCAAAGCAAUUUUGUAUCAGAAUGCCCAAGAAGAGGAAUAUGUACAUAGGUGCAGGUCUGAUGUUACAAUGAAAGUUCCCAAUCAAGAACAGCCAGUUCCUUCUGAGCCACAAGGUCCAUUUUAUUUCUGUAGAUUACUGCUGAAUGACUUAGGAAUGAAUUCUUGGGACAGAAGAAAAAAUUUUCAUCUGCUGAAGAAAAAUUCUAAAUUGUUGAGAGAGUUAAAAAAUUUGGACUCACGUCAGUGCCGUGAAACUCACAAGAUUGCAGUGUUUUACAUUGCUGAAGGACAAGAAGACAAAUGCUCAAUACUGUCAAAUGCAAGGGGAAGCCAGGCCUAUGAAGACUUUGUAGCUGGUCUUGGUUGGGAGGUUGACCUUUCAACACACUGUGGAUUCAUGGGUGGCCUGCAGCGAAAUGGCAGCACAGGGCAAACUGCACCUUACUACGCUACCUCUACUGUGGAAGUGAUUUUCCAUGUCUCCACUAGAAUGCCAUCUGAUUCAGAUGAUUCUCUCACAAAAAAGCUUCGUCACUUGGGAAAUGACGAGGUUCACAUCGUCUGGUCUGAACACAUCAGGAACUACCGCAGGGGCAUUAUACCGACAGAUUUUGGAGAUGUUUUAAUUAUUAUUUAUCCAAUGAAGAAUCACAUGUUCUUCAUCGAGAUAAUGAAGAAACCAGAGGUUCCAUUUUUUGGGCCUUUGUUUGAUGGAGCAAUCGUGACUGCAGAAUUGCUGCCAAGUCUUAUUUGUUCUACAUGUAUCAAUGCUAGCAGGGCCGUGAAGUCUCUCAUACCCCUCUACCAGAGCUUUUAUGAAGAACGAGCUCUGUAUCUUGAAGCAAUAAUCCAGAAUCACAGAGAAGUAAUGACAUUCGAGGAUUUCGCAGCUCAAGUCUUUUCUCCCUCUCCCAGUUACUCCCUCAGUGGAACGGAUAGUCUCACCACCAGUGUGAGUGCUGACCUUCCUGUUUCUGUUGGAGGAGAAUUGGCUGGUCAAACGUCUCCAUCACUAACUCGUGCCCCCAAACUCAAAAGCUCUGGGAAACUUCGCCGUUCUGCUAGUGCCCUCAGCAAAUCCUCAAAUUAAAGUACGUUAGAAACUCAAAGAAAAUGUUUGAGCUGACUCAAAAUAGUCUAUGUCAACGAUUGUCUGACCUUCACAGGAUGAUUUUGUGCUGUAAGAUCACAGUUCCUUCCAAAGAAGAAAAGUUCACCACCACACAAGUUUCACUUCACUCUCCCUUGUGCAUUAUUUGUGCCUAGACUAGGAACAGCAAGUACAAGGGAUCCUACAUGGCUUUUGAUGUGUAUCACAGAUAACAGGUUGUGUAUAAGUCAAGUACUUUUUUCUUAUUUAUAGACAGAAGCACAACUGUCAUAGGAAGAUACAAAACAGAUAUUGAAGCAAAUGGUUUAUGGUAUUGUCUUUGGUUGUAUUGAUUUUAUUAAUAUUCACUCAGAUCUUAGGAUUUGUGUUUUAGUUAAAAAAAAAAAACUUUCAUCAUCAUAGAAAACUGGCUUUCCCCAAGGGCUUUUCCUCAUGGCCCAGAAGUGAUUUCACUUCAUUUUGUUUCACUCACUUCACUACCUAGUCAGAUAUCAGGAUGUAAUUUUCCACCAGGUACCCACUAGCACUGGAUAAGUUUUAAUGAUAGUCUGUAGAGCUUCCAGGUCAUCGCUGAGAGAUAUCAAAGCAUUGGAGAUACAACUUUCUAGGAAUGCAGGUCAAAUCAAAUUAUAGCAAACCCUCAUUCAUUGAUAAUCUUUCAUAUGGAAAAGCAAAAGUUGCUUAGCUGAACAAAUAGUUUAAGUUCUGCAAUAUGAGUCUGUAACCUCUAUUACUUGACCAUCAUUCAAACUUUGGAAUCUGUUUUCAUGCAGAUAUUGUCAUUAUAACAGCAGCUAACUAGGAUGUGACUAGCACUCUUGAAGGCCUUGAGUUCUAAUGCAUGAGAGCCUUGUUUGCUAGGAACACUUUUCCUUUUAUGCCCCAAAUCUUAACUUGAGCAUUCCUACCAACAUAACUAUAACCACAGAAGAAUGUCAGCCUAUAGAUUCCAAUUCUUUCAGCCUCUCAAGCAAGGCACAAACACACUGAAAGCCAGCCUUGUGCAAGAUGCCGUAUUGCAGAGAUAAAAACCAUCAAGUGUCUCUAUAGGGCCCACCAUGUUCCAGGUAUGAAGUACACUAUUGCAGAUGAGAGGCUGAUAACACAAAAGGAGAAUUGCCUGGCAUUAACCCAGCUUCUGAGUAGAUAAAUAACCACAUUUUGUGGCCCCAGUCAUUUAUUCUAAUUGGCUAAUGUUAAGAGACCUACUAGCUAGUUAUUAAAGCUUCAAACUGCACUAAGACUUUUAGGACACCCAGUACGUUUUCUUUUAAGAUCAUCUCCAAAGUGCAUAGAUCCUCAUUAGCCAACUUUGAAAUUUUUCACAAACCAAGAGAAGUAAACCCAGUCAGUGAAGGAUGUGGACAGGGAGAUGAGUGUGAACAAGUCAGGACUGGCAGCUGGUAUUGUGAUGAAUGCUCAAGGUUACAGAAGAAAUCAGAUCAUAUGGAUGAUAUUAACUCUUCCUCUUUCACUUUUUUCUUCUUUUCAUUCCCCUUUAUAUUUUCAUGCAGUUCUGUGAAAUACCUUCCUGACACCUUUUGUUUGAGGGUUACUGUGAAGGCCUGCAGAAAUGGUAUCUGUCCAGUUAAUCUGUUCCUAUGUACACAGCCAUUUUGACCAUUUGGAUGGCACUACAAGCAAAACAGUAGAACUCAUUGUGCAUGGAGUCAGCCUAAAGCCCUCACCUGACUUUUAACAAUGUGUGUGAGCUUAGUCAGGAGUCAGGAAACCUCUAAGUACCCUGUAGGAAGGGUUCAGACCUUCUAAUCAGUUGCUUUGAAGGCCACUGAAUUAUGUACCAUAAGGAGUUUAGGAAUUAGAAUUCUUUUCUAGUUGCUAGAGACAUGCCACCAAAAAAAGUAGUAUGUGUGUAACCUGGAUGUAGGCAGGUAGUUGGGACAUUUCAAGGAGCAUAAGGGAAAAUUCAGCCACUUCAGAUCGUUUUUGUUUUGUAAACUAGUCUAUUUAUGUAAGUAUUCUCUGGCUCCUUAUCAUAGUAUCAAGAUUAGUUGAUUUUCAAGGAUUUUUUUCCUGAUUAUGCCAGCAAAUACCUCAUCCCCAUUUUGUUGUGUUUUAAAUGUACACCUGAAACAAAGGCAAACAGCCUUUUAGCUUUUUAUUGUUUCUGGUUUUUAAACACCGUAGAAGAACCUAAUAGGCUAAGUAAAUUUAGGGUUUCUAAACUUGGAGUUGGCCCAGAGUUCAUUGAGAUAACUCUUUGAGGAACAUGUAAUCAUCAGGUAUUAUGAAAGCAUGUGAAAUAACCGGGUUUCUAGAAGUGAUGAUGAUGCAUGUCAACAUAUUAGAGGGCCAACUUAACGUCCCUUUAUUUCUUACUUAUUAUGUUACAGAACCACAAGCUUAUGCCGAUGUAUUUCAGAUACAUCAGGGCAGACGGCUGAUGUUCCUGUUAGAAACUCUGAUUAUCAGAGGCUUGGUUCUAAAAUGCAGUUUGCUUCAGGACAGGCACAGUCUUAUUUUGGCUCAUGCUUUACUUUCUGUGGCAAAAAAAGGGGAGGAGCUAAUUUCAUCUGCAAUUUUUAUAACCAAAAAUUACAAAGAAAAAAAAUUAGUUCUUACUAGAAGUGAUUUACAUGCUUGGUACCAUUUAAUCUGGAGAUUUUUUUUGAGGAAGAUAAUUUUAUGUACAAAUGAACUACUAUCAUUUUUACUAUUGGGGUGGCAAAUGGAAAUGCUCGUUAUCUCAUUUAGAAAAGCAAAUAUUGCACCUUCAUAAUAAAUGCCUUUCAGCAAAAUUGAGUUGAUAAUCAGUCAGCACACACCCCUAGGUACCAGUGCUGACAAAUCACAUUAGCAGGUCAACCAUCUGUGAAUUAAAGUGUCCCUAAUUAGACCUAAAUGUGAUAAGACUUGUUGGCUUUAAGACAGUGUUAGGUAUGCCGAGUUCUCCCUCAUCGGCAUGUAACUGAUGCUCUAUAGCUAAAAACUAAUGUAGCAAAAUUUCAUGGACUGUUUUUGUUCUUAAAAGUAGUGCUACUAAAAAGGGGUAGAAAUGAAACACCCAAACUAGACAAAAGCAAGAAAAUUUAGCCAUAUCAAGUGACUCUCCCAAGUGUCUUUAAAUGCAUGCAGUCAGUGACACAGGCCCUAGGAACUACAGGGUAAGGGUAGGGUUUGUAGCCUUGGACUAGGUGGCUUGUGUUGAUUGGCCAAACCCUGAGCCUUAUUUUUUAAAAAUCAUGCAGAUUCAUAUAGCAAUGCAAAAAUCUCUAGGUCUUUCCUUAGGUCUAAUUAAUCUGUUCUUCCUCCAAUGUUGAAUUUGUUUUUAUCAUGUUGUAUGACAAUUUGAGGAAUACCUUAAAAUUUACUGUGACUUCUCCAUAAUUAUGUUUUUAUCUCUUCUAUAUGUGAAACUAAAUUCCAUGUGGGACAAGCCAUUGUUUUUAGUUACAUUCAAUAUCUCUGUAUGAUAUAUACAUUAAAUGAAUGUUUUCUGUUUCCACAUCUACAAUGUUUAGUGUGUAUGUAAAUAAGGAAAGGUAUUUGAUAAAUUCAGUAAAAAUUAACUUAUAGUGUAUCAUCUGCUUUUGAUUUUAUUUUUCCUUUAUUUAAUUAAAACCCAACAUCAAGGUUUAAAGUGAUAAGACUUUCCAGUCCAGCACUGGAUGUCACUACUCCUUAUGCAAGCUUAUAUAGAACCUGCCUUUGCAGGCAUUUUUUCACAGCAGGUCAAGAACUGUUGGCAAAGGCAGACCUAAUCCCUGAAAACAACAGAAAGAAAUUGUUCCUCUUGCCUACUACAGCUCAACUUUGGAAUUAAGAUUCUCUUUUGUGAUAACAUAGUAUGUUGAUAAAGUAAUUUAGAAAAGCAGCACUUGUGUGCUAUAUAUUUAUUUACUCUUUAAUUAUUUGAUGUGAGGAGUUCGUGGUUAUUAAUCACUAAUAAAAUGUGUCAGAUUUAUAUGGGGUGAUGUAAUUCAAAUGACAUUUUCCCCAAUGGUGACCUAAAAGGUUACCUUCCAAAAUUACACAAAUUCAGAAGUGCAUUAAUUAAAAUUCUCUCU